ACAAGCUGACUACUAUAUGUCCGACUGUGUGUUAGUAUCGACCAUUACAUCGACCGUAGAGCUAUCCAGACUAAAUCAUCAUUACUCGUCAGUUACAACAGAUACUACCAUGAUAAAAACUUGACAAUUAACAAAUUAACAUUUAAAUGAAGGAGGACUAUGUUACUUUCGUUUUUGACAAGAUGAUAACUGAAGAAUUAUAAUUAACUGAAGAUGAAGAGCAUAGUGAUAUUGUUGUUGACUUUAUGUCAUUUUAUGACUGCAUCAGAUCAACACUUUACCUUAAACAUAGGUAUCGUACCAUCAAAGGACAAUUCCAUAGACAACGUUACAGCAUACUACCCUCUUACAGUCUCUUAUACAGUUUUACCCCUUAAAGUGAAGACAUACAGAUCACAGUACGAUAAAAUGACAAAAUUAAUGGAACUGUUAAUUAAGAACGAUAUCCACAUAGUGAUAGGACCCUUUGAUGAUUCUAUCGCUGUUGUAACAGAAAAAUUAGAAAUUCCUUAUUUAGCCUUGACCUCUGACCAACAUGGGCGACGACUCCGUUCAACAUUCCAGUUACUACCUACGUUAUCAGACUUUAGUUCAGCCAUGUUAGAUUUGAUAGGGUAUUAUCAGUGGGAUAAAGUUAGUCUGUUCUAUGAUGAUGACCGAGGGGUAGAUAUGCUUGAAAAAUUACUUUCAAAUCAUGACUUGAUGGUAAAAUCCUGGCGUGUUGAUUCUGUAGGUACAGACGAACAGAUCCGAGACCAUCUUGUACAUAUGAGGAUUGCAUUUGUUCAAACCAGCAUUAUAUUUUGUAAUAGAAAUAACACAUAUCAGAUUUUAGAGCAGGCGAGAAGUCUUGCUAUGAUGUCAAUACCUUAUGAGUGGUUCUUUUACGAUCCUGGCGACCAGCUAGUACAUAUUUUCAAAGGAUUUGAGGAUAUAACAUUUAAUUACACAGUAUUUAGCUUGAUGGAAUUUAACAGCCAUGUGUAUGGUGUAAAGCAUCCGGAAGAAAAGUUAAACGUUGCCUUAACCACUGACGCUUUAUAUAUCAUUAACCAAACUGUGCCAAGGUUAGAUAAUAACACUGUGCAAGGAAUCAGAAAGGAUAUGAUAAAUAUCCUCAAACAGGAAACAUUUGAAGGAAUGACCGGACACAUUGCAUUUGAUAAUGAUGGACAACGUUUCAAUUUUACUAUAUUACUAACAGAGGUUUCUGUGUAUAAGAAUCGUUUAAAAGAGGUAUUUAACAGAUACGGGUCCAUUCAACAUCGGUCUAUAUUUGGAGAUGCAGAAGAAGUCAAUGUAUAUACAACUGAAGAUACUACUAUGCCAGAUUAUCGAAAGAAAGACUUGAUGUUUGAGACGCUUAAGAUUGGUCGCUGGGUUUCUUACAAGGAUGGAAUGUUUAUUCCGAGACUUCAAAUGACUGAAAACAUUGAAAGAGGAAAUAAAACGACACAAUUUCCUUUGAGGGGAAGAAAAGCAAGAAUAGUCAUGAUUGAGGAAAAACCUUUCACCAUGCACAAAAAAGAUCAUGCAAAAUAUAGCGGCAAUGAAAGAUUUGAGGGCUAUUCGGUUGACCUUAUCACAGAAAUAGCCAAUAUGCUACACUUUGAAUUUGAAAUUUACCUUGUUCAUGAUGGCAAGUUUGGGACAAAAGAGAAAAAUGGAGAAUGGAAUGGAAUGCUUGGAGAACUUUUAAAAGGGAAUGCAACAAUGUCUGUGGCUCCUCUUAGUAUAAACUCUCUGAGGGAAGAAGCUGUAGAUUUUACAAAACCAUUCAUGACUAGAUACAUCAGUGUGUUAAUGAAAGUACCAAUGUCAGAGAGAUCCUAUUUUGAAUUUUUAAAUCCUUUACAUCCCUUAGUGUGGUUCUGCACAUUCGGUGCGUUCGUUGUUGUGAGUCUUGUAUUAUAUAUGUUUGAAAAGGUAGGAGCAUCACAUAGUAAAGACUUGCCAGGCAUAUCAUUUAAAGAAAGUUUUUGGUUUGUGUUUGGAUCUUUACUUCAGGGUAGCACAGAAGCUUCACCCUCAACACUUCCAGGACGAAUACUAACAAGUGCUUGGUGGUUUUUUGCUUUGAUUUUAAUUUCUUCUUAUACAGCCAAUUUGGCAGCUUUUUUAACUGUGAAAAAAAUAAAUACUCCCAUAAAGUCAGUGACAGAUUUAGCAUCACAAACUACUAUAAGAUAUGGUACUGUUGUAGAUAGUGGCAUUAUGCAAUUUUUCAAAAAUACAGAUAUAGAACAUUUUGCAAAAAUGUGGGCACAGAUGAGUGAAAUAGACCCUCAAGAAUCAAUGGUUGCGAAUACAAGUGUUGGUUUUAACAAAGUCAAAAAAGGGAAUUACGCAUUCUUUUGGGAUACAGCUGUUAAUAAGUAUAUGACAAUUAAAGACUGUGAAUUUAUGGAAAUUGGACCUCAUUUUGAUCCAAAAGGAUUUGGAAUUGGAGUUCCACCAGGAGCAACAUACAGGGAAGAGUUAUCGAUGGCAAUUUUAAAAUUAGGAGAUGCAAGUAUAUUGCAUCAACUUGAAAACAAGUGGUGGCCACGACGAACGUGUCCAGAUGUAACUAAACCCUCUGCAGAAGAAACAUCAGAACUUCAAAUUGAAAAUGUGGCAGGAGUUUUCUUUAUUUUAUCGGGAGGUAUUGUUUGUGCAGCAAUAGCUUGUGUUUUUGAAUACUUCUCAAAACGUUGUAAAAAUCGAGAACGAGAAGUCCAAAAACGAAAGGAAAAUAACAGUACUCCAAACCAUGUUAAUCAUAAAGAAAGAGAAAGCUUUUUAUGACAUACUGGAAGUUGUAGCUAGCGAUUUUUGUUCUUCAGAUAAUGGCGAAGCUUGUAGAAUAUGUUUAAUAUCCUCGAGAGUACAUAUUACGUUACAGCACAUCGUUAAAGCUUACGGACUAAAGACCAUUUGUUGAUAUUAUAUGGUACUUAUGAAGCAGUAAUUGGAAGGUGUACAGAAAAUUAUCUUCAUGUUUCAUGAUAAGAUGACAUUGAGAUUCUUUGAAAAAAAUAUUCCAUU